AAUAGAUAAUUGAUAUCAGCUAAUGUGGAGUAACACUAGUUGUUAUAGCCAGUCUAACUAUUUUGGCUUUGGGCUGGCCUUGAAUCAUAGUCUAGUCUAAGAGUCACGGGAUUCAUGCCUUAGCUCCCGGUAACUUCCCUUUUAAGCUCAUCGCGUACAGAGCACAAUUUUCUUGAUUGAAUCGUUGAAAGGGUUAUAGUUGUAAGUGUCAAGAGGAUUAUCUUAUUAUCUGAGCUACAAUUCCUGAUUCUAUAGUAGACCCAUAAUCAUCAUACUCGCCAUAUUGAGCCUAACAUCGUUUUCCCAGUAGUUUCGAUUCGAGGUAACUUUGAAGCAAUUACUCAUUGAUAUUCAUGUCGAAUUUCAAGAAACCACGAGUCGGUUAUAAAAUUAUACAUAUCACUGUUCUCAAAUUCUACCAAAGAACCUCAUUAAUACAUCCGAGGAAGAAAAAAGAUGCCCACUUCAGAGUCACCGAGCAACGUCAAAAUGGCUUCUACCACAGAUCCUCGUCCUUCGAAGGAAAUGUAUGUCAACUAUCCAUCCUAUCCUCGCGCCAUGAUACUUGAUCCCGUCCUUCCUCAUAAGCAAACCUUUAUUAUUCUACAUGGCCGUGGAUCAUUCGCGGAAAAAUUUGCCCCUCCUCUUCUGGAAAUGAGGACUGGUCGUAACGAGACGAUUCAAACAGUUUUUCCUCACGCAAAAAUCGUAUUCCCCACCGCAUCACGAAACCGAGCCACGGUAUAUAAAAAUUCCUUUACGCAUCAGUGGUUCAACUGUUGGCAUCUUGAGGACUACAAGAAAAGACAAGGUAUGAUGCGUCCAGGUCUCCACCAAAGCUGCAAUUACAUACAUUUCCUCUUAAAGGGAGAGAUCGAGAUUGUCGGUGCUGAGAACGUAAUACUUUGGGGAAUGAGCCAAGGGUGCGCUACUUCUUUGUCAUCACUCUUAGCAUGGGAUGGCGAGCCAUUCGCUGCUGUUGUGGGCAUGUGUGGUUGGUUACCUUUCGGUAAUUUAGUUGAAGAGGUGAGUGCAAACUCGAGCAGUCAAUUUGCUACAGGUGAAAGCCAUGGCGAAGACGGUGACUUCUUUGCACGAUCUGAUGAUGAGGACGACCCUUUUGCACGUUCCGAAGGUGAAGUGGCUAGUGAGGAAUCGAGUUUGCAAGCGAGUGCUCUUAGCUUUUUCAGAGAAGAGAUUGAUAUGGACCACAAGAAAGGGAUGAUUUGCCAACAGAUUCCCGUAUUUUUGGGAAAUGGCAUGGAGGAUCCAAAAGUAUCCAUUGAAAUGGGAAGGGAGGCUAGGAGGUGUUUAGAUUUGCUUGGUGUGGAUGUAAAGAUGAGGGAGUACGACGGGCUGGGUCACUGGUACUCCGAGCAUAUGCUUUCCGACAUCUUUCAAUUCAUCAAGCAAAAUCUAAACAGUACGAAGCAGUUUCUAGUUCGAACUUGAAUAUUAAUAGUAUAAUUUUAAAUACGGUGAAUUACUCUCAUGUUAUAAAAAGCGAAAUUAAUAAAUUUAUUGAAAAGAUUAAAG